AUGGAAGAACUCAAAAUUUACUUUUUCUGUGCAUUUUUCGUAUAUACGUAUUCAUCGAAAGCAAGUGCUGAAAAUAUUCCUUCUGAUGAUAUUAAAACUGAACAGGCAUCAACAAAAGAUUCGGAGCACGUGUCAGUGCCACCACCACCAUUUCUCACGCCUCCAUCAAAACCACGAGCGCCAUUACCAGGAUUUCCAUUGGAUUGCGGUUCUUUCAGUAUAUGUAAAGGUCCACAAAGCAUGAUUAACCGGGGACGAUGUUGCCAAUGGACCAGAAAGGAAUGGCAGCAAUGUAUGGAACCAUGCAACCCUUAUGGGAAUGGACCGUAUUUUGAAUGUUAUAUUGAUGCCAUAAAAAACUUAUGCGAAUGUCACAAGAGAUUUCCAUGUCCACCCGCAAUUCUCCGAAAAAUUAUAACAAUUUGUUAAUUACUUAAACUAGUCAUAAGGAAUGAAUUCUUUUAAUGAGAUUUUUUGUUAUAAUGCUUUAAAGGACAAAGUAAAUGUGUAAAUGUGUGUGUAAUGUGUGUGUGUACAAGGGUGUGACUAAUGUCUUAGCUAAUAUGUCAAGAGUGUAAACUUUUGCUUCGAAUUUCAGCUUUAUAGCAUUAUGUAUUGUCCAGUUACGAACAAAUAAAACUUGUUAUUGUUUAUGAAUGUGAGGUAGGUAAAAAUCCCUACACCUGUAUCAGUGUAAUGUGUAACUGUAUACAAUGCAAUGCAGUGUAUACCUACAUACAAUGCAACCUUAAUAAGUCAUAAAAAAUUGAACUGUUUUCAAAAGCUUUUACUGAUUUUGUUCGCACUGGAAAAUUUCUGUUGAUAUCUAUAUAGGAAUAGAAUUUUUAGCAAAAUUUCUCUCCUCCUUCUUUCCUGUUGCCACGAGCCUUUACUAUUUUUAAAAUUAUGUUCAACUAUUUUAUUUUAUAAAAUUUGCAUUUUAACGGUAAUUCUCUUUUAAAUAGAAUCUCGUAAAGUUUCAAAGGGAUAUAGGAUAGCAACUUGAUAGACAAGAUGUUUAAAUUUGUUAUGAGCACUUGCAGGGCAAGA